GGCACAUGACGUCACUGGUUGUUUGGAGGAGAAAACCCACAGUAACAGCUAACAGCUAGCUCCGAACCGUCCCUUUAUAUCCGACUCCUGCACAUUUUAUGACUUAAUAUUUUCCGAGUCCUUUAAUCAUGUCCACUCCAGCAAGAAGGCGACUAAUGAGAGACUUCAAAAGACUUCAAGAAGACCCACCAACUGGCGUGAGUGGUGCCCCAUCAGAAAACAAUAUCAUGCUGUGGAAUGCAGUUAUUUUUGGGCCUGUGGGAACACCAUUUGAGGAUGGUACAUUUAAGCUUGUAAUAGAAUUUUCAGAAGAAUAUCCUAACAAGCCUCCUACAGUUCGGUUUAUUUCCAAAAUGUUCCACCCCAAUGUUUACGCAGAUGGCAGUAUAUGUUUAGACAUUCUUCAGAAUCGCUGGAGUCCUACAUAUGAUGUAUCCUCUAUUCUAACGUCUAUCCAGUCUUUGCUGGAUGAGCCCAACCCCAACAGCCCAGCCAACAGCCAGGCAGCACAGCUCUAUCAAGAAAACAAGCGGGAGUAUGAGAAGAGAGUUUCUGCUAUUGUGGAGCAAAGCUGGGUUGACUCCUAAUGCUGGAGUCCCCUUGUUCCAACAUCGCUUACGAAUUUCUUCAGUCUUUCAUUUACCUCAUCACAAAAAAAAUUCUGACAAAAGGAAUUUAAGUGCUACAAGAGGAAAACAAUCAAUAGGGACUUUGCUGAUAUUUUACUGAGAGCAGAAAUCAUUGUGCUAUUGGUUUUAAUUUUCUUUUUUAUUGCAUGGUAAGUUAUUGCUAACAGAAUUUGUAAAAUUAUUUUGUUGAAUUGUUGCUGUUAAGAGAUUUUCAAAUGGUUCAUUUUUUUUUUACUUUUUGUUUUUAAGAAAAGCAGACUGUUGGUAAAAAUAUUGUGUAAAGAUAUAAAUCCCUAUAUUAUUUAUAGUGUCAUGUUCCCUAAAUAUGGUGAAUCUGAAUUUGUACCCGACAAGGGUUAAACCAACAGUGCUACAUGCCACAAUCUAAAGAAUCACACUUUGGUUGAAUUAGAUAUACCAAAUGAAUCACUUUGUGUCUCAUUUGAUAUUCUUUAACACUCACUUUCAUUUGUAUGUGGCUGCAAAUAAGUGAAAUGUGCAUUAAUGAAUAUACUCUGUCCUAUACAAAAUUAUAUAAGUACAUUUUCAAAUAAAGUGUGGGUUAUAUUGUCACAGUGUUUCCAUGACAAGGGAUGUGUUAGUGUGGGAUGAAGUUAGUUUUUGUGAAUUUAUCCUAUAAAAACCAUUUAUACUGUAUGCUGUACAAGCAAAAUAAAAUUUUUCAGAUUUUAA